AUGGCCCAACCACCAUCGAUCUCGACCAAGCCGGCCUCUUCCCGCGUGGAGGCCUUCAAGAACUGGCUCAAGCUCAAGCACUACCAAUUCGAGGUCACCUUCUCGGUGUACACCUUCACUAGGGGAGAGAAAGUCUUUUUCUACAUGGUGCUCCUCCUACUCAUCUCGCUCACCCUGGCCGCCACCAUCCUGUACCUGCCGCGCCACGUGCGCUUCGUCAUCUCGCGCGCCUGGUACUACAUCCACGGCGAGGCGCCGCCAUUCGGAGGGGCCGAGUCGGAUAUCUCGUUCCUCGCGACGACGGCGAAAAGGGUGAUGGAUUCCGCGGCUGCCGCGGUGGAAAAGGCGGCUGCUGCUGGGAGGAGGGAGCUCUGA